UAAACGCGCUGUGCUUUGCGCUGCUUUGUUUGCGACAGAAGUAGCGACGAGUGUUUUGACGCGUUUGACGUUUGUGUUAAUUUCGUCGUUAUCUAGUGAUUCAUCGUACCCUGAUGUGGGUUAUUCAUUCCAUAGUUGCAUUGUUUUCAACUGCAGCGUGAGAUUAAUUUGAAGAGUAUAAAAUUUUUCUAUAACCUUCAUCGACAUCUCCAUAAAUUAAGAUAGAAAAUGCCUCUCUUCUACAGCGUUGUGGCUCGUGGUCCCACAGUGCUUGCUAAACAUGCGGCGUGCGCAGGAAACUUUUCCGAAUUCACAGAGCAGAUCUUGGCCAAAAUACCUCCUGACAACGACAAGCUCACCUACUCGCAAGGGCCAUACCUCUUCCAUUACAUCUGUGAGAACAGAAUAAUAUACAUGUGCAUUGCAGACGACGAUUUUCAAAGAUCACGUGCAUUCUUGUACCUUAAUGAAAUCAAGAGAAGAUUUCAGGCAGCUUAUGGGCAGGGUGCUCAAACUGCUCUGGCUUACGCAAUGAACUCAGAGUUUUCAAGAGUUUUGGCCAAUGAAAUGAAACACUAUAGCGAAUCAAAGGAUAUUGACACUCUUUCUAAAGUUCAUGGAGAACUUGACGAACUCAAAGAUAUCAUGGUAAAAAAUAUCGACAAUGUCGCCAUGCGAGGAGAGAGACUCGAACUGCUUGUUAAUAAAACCGAGAAUCUGACUGCCAGCUCUGUCACGUUUAGAAAAACCAGCAGGAACUUGGCUCGUUCCCUCUUCUGGAAAAACAUCAAACUCUACGUGAUUGUAGCUCUCAUCUUAAUUGUUGUCAUAUACUUUGUCGUCUCUAUGGCUUGCGGGGGUCUUGCAUGGCAGAAAUGUGUUGGAAAUUGAACAUGAUACAAACUCUCUAGAUUUUGUACGUGCUAUUCACGGACUCGUGGCUUGAUCUUACAUACAUAAGUAUGCACGAUUUUGCAGAGGUUGAAAAAAUCAAUUGAUAAACUGACACGAUAAAUCUGUUCUACUAUUUGUUUGGGAAUACCAGAAAAGAAGAAUGAUGAGGUCGGUGGUCUAUGUAACGUAUGAUACUAUGACGACAUCGAGCACGUCGCGUAGUCUACCUACCGAUUCAUACAUUCAAUUUCUCACCAUUAACCUUGUAUAUUGUAAAUACCUAUUGUUAAACUAUCCGUAACCAAUUAAAUAUGUAUAUUAUAGCGGGUGAGUCUGGGUACUUUUGUCCGUCGGUUUCUUCAAAGUCGGUAUCUAGAUUUUAUCCGUCAGAUUAGGUGCUAAGAACUUUCCUCGUAAUCAUUGAUCAGCAUGAUGCCUCAAUCUCAAUACUUCGGAAUUAUUCCAUCGUGAAAUUGGAUUGGAGUUCAAAAACUAGGAAAUUAUCGAAGCACCGGAAAUUUAUCUCUAAAUAAUGUUUAUUUUGUACAAUAAAAUGAAACAACAGCUCAAAGUGCAAUGGAAUGAUUCAUCUUUUGUUUCGCUCAUUCGCUGAACGAUUAACCCAAAAUAAAAAAAAAAAUAAAAAAAUUAUAAUCCUAAUGUCGAUUUGUGAACGUCGUAUCAUUUUUACUUUAAUUAGGUAGCAUAAUUUAUAAUCACACCGAAAAAUAUGAUCGAUCAACUAUUUCAUUUGUAAACUUUACUUUAAGUUAUAUGUAUGAUAUGCACACCUAUAUCCAUAUAUAUACAUAUAUUAUAUCUUAUUUUACCGUUCCCUAAUGCGUUAACUCUUUGUUUUAGUUAUUACUUUAAAAAAUUACUACUUAUGAAGAUUA